CCCCGAGCCGGAGUUUGCCGACAGCCGAGGCGGGCGCGCGCGCGGGGCGGCGGCUCAGAUGGAGAAACUGAGGCCCCAGGAAACGAAGUGAGCUCAGCCCCGCGGCCAGCAGCUGGAUCAUUCUGGCUGCUGUCUCAUACGAGCCACGGGGGUGAAGGCAGAAGCCGGGAGACCCUGAAGAGGCGACCGCGCUGGUCUCGGUCUCCCCGGAGCGGAUCUCCCCUCGCUCAUGCCGCUGGGACUGGGGCGGCGGAAAAAGGCGCCGCCUCUGGUGGAGAAUGAGGAAGCCGAGCCGGGCCGCGGCGGGCUGGGUGUGGACGAGCCGGGGCCCCUGGGCGGCGGCGGCGCGGGUGGACCCCAGCUGGGCUUGCCCCCGCCGCCGCCGGCCCUGCGGCCCCGCCUCGUGUUCCACACCCAGCUGGCGCACGGCAGCCCCACGGGCCGCAUCGAGGGCUUCACCAACGUCAAGGAGCUCUACGGCAAGAUCGCCGAGGCCUUCCGCCUGCCGGCCGCCGAGGUGAUGUUCUGCACACUCAACACCCACAAAGUGGACAUGGACAAGCUCCUGGGGGGCCAGAUCGGCCUGGAAGACUUCAUCUUCGCCCACGUGAAGGGGCAGCGCAAGGAGGUGGAGGUGUUCAAAUCCGAGGACGCGCUGGGGCUCACCAUCACCGACAACGGCGCCGGCUACGCCUUCAUCAAGCGCAUCAAGGAGGGCAGUGUGAUCGACCACAUGCAACUCAUCAGCGUGGGCGACAUGAUCGAAGCCAUCAAUGGGCAGAGCCUGCUGGGCUGCCGGCACUAUGAGGUGGCCCGGCUGCUCAAGGAGCUGCCCCGAGGCCGCACCUUCACGCUGAAGCUCACGGAGCCCCGCAAGGCCUUUGACAUGAUCGGCCAGCGCUCGGGUAGCGGCCGCCCGGGCUCCGGCCCCCAGCUGGGCACUGGCAGAGGGACCCUGAGGCUCCGAUCCCGGGGUCCUGCCACGGUGGAGGACCUGCCCUCGGCCUUCGAGGAGAAAGCGAUUGAGAAGGUGGACGACCUACUGGAGAGCUACAUGGGCAUCCGAGACACGGAGCUGGCAGCCACCAUGGUGGAGCUGGGCAAAGACAAAAGAAACCCGGACGAGCUGGCCGAGGCCCUGGACGAGCGGCUCGGCGACUUCGCCUUCCCGGAUGAGUUCGUCUUUGACGUCUGGGGCGCCAUUGGGGACGCCAAGGUCGGCCGCUACUAGAGGUCCCAGCGGGAGGACUGGGGCCCGGCCUGGCGCGGGGGGCUGGGCCCUCUCUGGGGACACCACGCCCCCCACCCCAGCAUCCGGGAAACAACGAUGCAGUGGACGGUGGACCAGGGAGGGCUGGGGAGUUGGGGGGGAAGCGCCCUGCCCCCACUGCAGCCGGUACCACCUCUUUCCCUGCUCCCCAGCCUGUCUGGGGGACCCUGGCCCCACCCCCACCUCUCCUGCCCGGUUCCCUACCUACCUCAGCCGGGUCAGGCCAACAGGGAGGGCGGGGCCAAACUUGGCGGCCACCCCGCCCCCAACACUUUCCACCAUCCGCUGCCAAACUGGUCACUCUCCUCUCCCUGGGGGCUUCGGGUUCUGCUUGGAGCAGGGGGUCGCGGGUUUCCUGGGGAAGGGGAUACAGAGCGGGGGGCAUCCCCCUUCAGAUGCAAUAAUGCCUGUCCCCUCUCGCCACCCUGGAGUCUGCUGUGAACCCCCAGCCCGCCUGCCCCUCCACACUGGGUCUCCCUCCUGGCCCAGCCCCCCCAUGGCGGGGGGCACAGCCCGAGGCGGUGGGCUUUUUGUAUCUGAACUUGCUGUCUGGAACAUAAAAAAUCGAUCUGGCG